AUGAUACAAGAGGAUGCCCUUGAACUACUUUCCAAGGUAUCUGGGUAUACAAAUGCAGAACAMAGCUUGAUGUUGAAAGUAUGCAAAGCCUUAGACUUUCAGCCUCUUGCUWUAUCGUGUACGGCAGUUUACGUGCGAAGUGUCCGAAGCAUUAACAAACAAUAUUCGUGGCUUCAAUGUCUGACGGAUCUGGAGAGUGAGCGUGAAAAGCUAGAAACAGUUUACAAGAAAACAAGUUUGACGUACAAAGCAACAAUGACUGCUGCAGUGAAUCUAGCCAUCCAGAGAGAGAUCAGUGAAGAUGUCAUGUUCCAUGCRUUUCGUUUCUUAUCUUCAAUUGUAUCAGAUCCCAUUCCUUUAAAGUAUGUCGUGGCGUAUGUUGUUAAGUGUAUGCCUCACGAAGAUAAGAAUAUGAUUGCUGUUCGAAUUUGUUCGUCGUCGUUGGUAUGCUCAUUGGUUCAGGAAACAAAGGAAAUUAGCAUCCAUCAAGUGGUUUAUCACUGUUUGCAAAAGCAUGAAAAACUAAGAGAAAGUACUGUGGACUUGUUUACGGUGAUUUCUGCUUUCUCUGAGAUUCCAGUCAUUAAUGAUGAAUGUCCAGUCGAUGGUUUGACCGUUACAAAGCCACUAGUAAACCACUUGAAAAAUCUUUCAAAACAACUAAUCGACUACGUCAUCAAAGAGUCUACAAGUGAAAUGGUGCUAGAAGAUCACGUGUGUAAUGUACUCGACCGUUUAUCCCCAGUUUUAUCCGAGCACGUUAUUUUAGAGAGUGCAAAGGACUUUUUACAGGUAGUUUUAGCAUUGGAAAUGUCGAAGUCUAUAUUGUCAAAAGCAAAAGAAGUAUUGAUUGUUUUAAUGGGUACCAAUCAUGUCGAAUAUAUUUCAAAUAUAAACAUUAACGGCAUCUCUCCAUCAGUGGCUUUUACCAUGAACAACUUAGGAAAUACAUAUCGGAAGCUAGGUCGACUGGAGGAAUCAAUAACAUAUUACGAGAAAGCCCUUGCAAUUUUUACAGCUGUGUACGGUGAAAACCAUCCAUCUGUGGGUGAUACCAUGAACAGCUUAGGAAAUACAUAUCAGAAACUAGGUCGACUGGAGGAAUCAAUAACAUAUUACGAGAAAGCCCUUGCAAUCAAAACAGCUGUGUACGGUGAAAACCAUCCAUCUGUGGGUAAUACCAUGAACAACUUAGGAAAUACAUAUCGGAACCUAGGUCGAAUUGGUGCGGCAAGAAGCAGUUACCAGCAAGCUCUGAUCAUCUACAGGUGCUUCUAUGAUGACGAUCAUCCAGAUAUUUCUCGAACUGAGAAGAAUCUGAGUAUUCUUGAUUCUUCUCUCAGCUACAAAAGAAAUCAAGGAAAGCAGACAAAAUGUGUUGUAGUAUAAUGUUACAUUUAUUGGAAAUGUGAUGCAAAGUUGUUAUAGUGACUAGAUAGUCAAUGAGUUGAGAGUAUUCUCUCAAGUACGAAAUACGGCAACGAAAACAGACAAAAAUAUGUCCAAGUGUAAUGCUUUUAGUUUGGAAUGAUUAUAUUGAAUUAUGCAAACUUUUUAUAGUAGUAUAUAGUCAAUCGCCAAUUUGCGAAUUUCGUCAGUAGUUAAUUACAACAGAAUCAGGCAUGCAUAAAGUUCAAUCAAUGGCGUAAAAAACUAUUGACUUUACACGAUUGAGAGAGCUUUAUGCACGGCACUUCAUGUUGAUUAUAUUCCUUUGUGUGUGACUACAACUGCGGAAAAAUUCGCAAGUCUGUUUUUGAAUACAUCGAUCAUACAUUAUACACGUAGGCAAGGACUUUACGAGAAAAGCAUAUCGAUAGGUAAAAGUUUGCCAUGACUUUGUCUGGAUAGAUGUUAUUUUAAAAGUGCAUUUAUCAAAGACUUCUGCAGUUUGCCAUGUCAGAGAGACAUAUAGUGUAUACAUAUGUUUGGUCUGGUUAAACUAUUAGAGCUGAAGGCGCCGUUUUGGGGUCUUAUUUUGAAAACGAUUUUGGUCUUUAGUCUAGUAUGACUUGACAAAAUUCUUUGAACUUGUCUAGUUUUCUUGUACAACCUUGAGAUAUCAGGGGACCUUCGCGACCAAUGGUCAAUUAACUUUUCGUAGAACGCUAACUAUUAAACUAUUCUUAAAGCUGAAUAAAUGGAGAUUGUAAUUA